AUGAUUAUUAGUAAAAAUAAUGAUAGUAAUGAUGUUGAAGAUUAUGGUAAAAGUGAGGAUGAUGAUGAUAAAAUAGUAGCUGAUGACAAUCUAAUAACAACAACUACUGCUACUGAACAAGAUAAUAAUAAUAUCAUACAUAAAGAUAGAUUUUAUGCAUUAAUGAAUUUAUUGACAAAUGAAAUCAUAAAUUUAACAGCCGAGUAUAAUCAAAAUGAAUCUGUUGCUGCUGAUACUACUACAGUAACAGUCACUGCUACUGUGGAAUCCGUUGCUACCACUGAUAGUAAUAUUAAUGGGGAAGAUAAUCAAAUUGCAAAUAAUGCCGGUGGUGACGAUGAUCAUGACAUUAAUAAUGAUUCCAACACUAAUAUUAAUAUCAAUUAUAAGGAGGAGAACGAGAAAUUGUUAACUGAAAUUGCAAAUCUUCGUAGAGAAAUUGAUUUAUUGAAACAUGAUAGUCAACAAAGGAAAGAUGACAGUACUAUGAUAAAUAUGUUGAAUGUUUGCCUUGGAAAUUCGAAUAAAAAUAUUAAUGGAUUAAUAAAAGACUUGAGUGCUGCUAAAAAAGAGACACAUCAUAUGAUUUCACAACUAAAUAUUGUAAAAAAUCAAAAUAGUAUAUUAGAAUCAGAUUGUGCAAAAUUAAAACAAGAAAAACUUCAAUCGGAAGCAAGUAGAAAAAUGUUAAUUAGUGAAAAUAAUAAAUUCAAGGAUGAUAACGAUCGAUUAAAUCACGAUAUCAAAAUAUUACAAAAUUAUAAAAAUACAUCAGAUUUUAAUCUUGAACUUUUAGAUAAUAUUAAUGAUGAAUUAACGAAAAGUAAUAUUCAAUUGGAUUCUCAGUGUAGUAUUUAUGAAUGUAUGAUCGAAAGGCUUGAGGAUAUAAGUAACCACCAAACAUAUGAAAUGAGAAAAUUAAAAGAAGAGAUUGAUAACCACAAAUGUUGUAAAGAGAAGAUGCCUGAACAAGAAUAUCAAUCUCCUUCAAAAGAUUCAUUAACAGAAACAAUUUCAGAAUUAAAAGAAGUGAUUUGUACCAAGAAUAAAACUAUUGAAAAAUACAUCUCAAGAUCAGAUAAUCAAGAACAUGAAAUAGCACGUUUGAAAUGUUUGUACGCCGAAAAAGUUGGAAGAUUAAAUUUGGAAUUGAGCAAAGAGCAAAAAACCAGCGAAACAUUUGUUAAUAAAGUUAACAGGUUUAUAGAAAUUAUUAGAGCACAGAUGAAAGAAAAUGAAGAUUUAAAGAACCUUAGGGAAAAAGAUCAACGUGAAAGUGUUAAACAGAUCAUCAAAUGUAAAAUAUGCUUUGAGGAACCGAUCACACACUGCUUCUCGCCGUGUCAUCAUUUUGUAGCAUGUGGGAAGUGUUCAAGGAGAGUUGAAAGUUGUGUUGUGUGUAGAGUUAAAGUUCAAGAUAAUAUUAAGAUAUAUCUUUAA